AAGUGACCGGCCUUAUCGCGUUUUUUAGAGUGAAACAAACUUCGGAGUUCUCAGCUGUUAUCGCGCCUCAAAAUAAUAAUGCUAUUCUUUUGUUAAUUGUGUUAUUUUUGUAGUCAGAUUGUUAGCCAAAAUGCAGUGCUCCAGUUUUUUUGUGGCAAUUUUUUUCGUCAUUUUAAUCGGUCACAUAGAUGAACAAGAGUUUCAGGUAGAAGGCUUCCGAUUGGACCACAAGGAAGACUGUGUGGUUGAAGACACCAAUCAGAACACUUACAUUGGCCGAAAGAAAUUGUCAAUGCUGAAUAAUGUUGCUUUCUGCUCAUACCUGGGCAUACCCUAUGCAGAGCCACCCACUGGCCACCGCAGAUUCAAGGACCCGAUUGCUGUACAGUUGUGGGGUGAAGAGAGAGAGGCCAGGAUGGAGGGCAGUGAAUGCAUGCAGAGUGAGCCGCUGUUCAAUAUGGGCAAAGUCAUCGGAUCCGAAGACUGUCUCUACUUGAACGUUUACACCCAGUACAGCUCGAACAGUAGUCUCCCAGGAAAGUUGAAAGCUGUGAUGGUUUGGAUCCACGGGGGUGGAUUCGUGUUUGGCAGUGGCAGCCCAUCUAUUUACGGUCCAGAUUUCCUCAUCCAACACAACAUUGUACUGGUCACCUUCAACUACAGGCUGGGAGCUUUUGGUUUCCUGAAUUUGAGGAACGAAGACGUACCUGGCAACGCUGGUCUGAAGGAUCAGGUGUUGGUUCUGAAAUGGGUGCGCAAGAAUAUCCAAUCUUUUGGCGGUGAUCCUAACUCGGUCACUCUGUUUGGAGAAAGCGCUGGAGCUAGCUCUAUUCAACUGCAUAUGAUGUCGCCGUUAUCAACAGAUCUGUUCCAUAGAGUGAUAAUGCAGAGCGGAAGUGUGUACUGUCCUUGGACAUUCAUCAGAGAUCCUUUGGACAGGGCAAAUCAGCUGGGAUCGCAUCUUCAGAUCAACACAACUGAUCCAAUAAAGUUGGCUCAAGGUCUCAGGAACGUGUCAAGCUAUCAACUCACCCUGGCACAGUCUCAGCUCUCAACAAACCAGGAUAUGGACAGAGGAUUGUAUUUUCCAUUCAUACCAAGCACUGAGAUGGUCGGCACUGGAAUCAGUUUUAUGGCUGAGGACCCUGACCUGUUACUGAAGAGAGGUCUCUUCGUUAAAGUGCCAACAAUAGUCGGAGUUAAUAGUCGCGAAGGUAUCAUGGUUCUAUUAGGCAGAAAUGCAACUCCCGAAGUUCUGAACGAGUUGGACAAGAACUUCCAAAGAGUUGUUCCAGACAUUCUAAAUCUGACGCCAAAUACGAAAAAGUUCAAAGAAGUUACCGACAAAAUAAAACGCUUCUACUUCAGAGAUGGUCAACUGUCUUGGGACAGUUUGGAAAAUUAUGUUGAUCUAAUGGGAGACAUUUAUUUUGUGGCUCCCAUCUACAGAUCAAUGAUGAAUAUGAUUAAGAAAUCACCAGAGCCUGUGUUCUGCUACAAAUUCGCUUUUGAAGGAAGCAGAGGUCUGGUCAAAUCUUUGACAAAGGCUGCUUUGCCCGAUUUGAAGAAUAUUUCGGGCGUGAGUCACUAUGACGAUAUACCCUAUCUGUUCCCAGUCUCGAUACAGGGCUGGCAGCAAGAAAUUGAUAGCAGUUCCAUGGAAAGGAGAACUAUUGAUAGACUUACCACAUUGUGGACGAAUUUCGCAAAAACAGGGAAUCCAAACGGUUGUGAAUGGGACCCUCACCACCCAGCUAGGGAGAGGUAUCUCUAUGUAAGCGACGACCUCCAAGUCAGACACCGCCUCAUCUUCCAGCGCCGAAUGAACUUCUGGAAGGACAUCUACGACAAUCAUUCAAACAACAGUCACGUGUGAACCAACAGUAUUAAAAACAAAACAAACAAUAAAUAAUUAUUAUUAAACGAAAAUCCAAAUUAAAUGCUGUAGAUCAACCCGAAGACUUCUGCUACUGCAAAUAUUGACAACCGGGUAAACAGCUAGAUGGAAAUUCGA